AUGGAGAAGUUUCAGAUCUGGAGAAGUAUAGCUUUCGCAGCGUUCGCGUUCGCACUUCUCUCCCAAUCGGUGUCCGCAGACGACGUCGUUGUGCUGUCUGAAGAGAAUUUCGAGAAGGAAGUUGGUCAAGACAAAGGAGCUCUCGUUGAGUUCUACGCCCCAUGGUGUGGACACUGCAAAAAGCUAGCUCCAGAAUAUGAAAAGCUUGGUAACAGCUUCAAGAAAUCUAACUCUGUUUUGAUUGCCAAGGUGGACUGUGAUGAGCAUAAGAGUGUGUGCACCAAAUAUGGAGUCUCCGGGUACCCAACGAUUCAGUGGUUUCCAAAAGGAUCUCUGGAACCCAAAAAGUUUGAAGGGCCACGCACUGCAGAAUCACUUGCCGAGUUUAUAAAUACAGAAGCAGGAACUAAUGUAAAGAUUGCUGCAGCUCCAUCUAGUGUAGUGGUGCUAACACCUGAAACCUUCAACGAAGUUGUCUUGGAUGAAACCAAAGAUGUCUUGGUUGAGUUUUAUGCACCAUGGUGUGGACAUUGCAAGAGUCUUGCUCCUAUUUAUGAAAAAGUUGCUGCAGCUUUUAAAACGGAGGACGAAGUAGUGAUUGCAAAUUUGGAUGCCGACAAAUAUAGGGACCUGGCUGAAAAGUAUGAAGUGACUGGAUUUCCUACCUUAAAGUUUUUCCCAAAGGGCAAUAAAGCCGGUGAAGAUUAUGGAGGUGGAAGAGACUUAGAUGACUUUGUGGCUUUUAUCAAUGAGAAAUCUGGAACAAGUCGAGAUUCAAAAGGACAACUUACUUCUGAGGCUGGUAAAGUAGAGAACUUGGACUUGUUGGUAAAGGAGUUUGUAGCUGCUAACGAUGAAGAGAAGAAGACUGUAUUUGCCAAAAUCGAAGAGGAAGUUGGGAAGCUUCAGGGUUCUGCUUCUAGAUACGGGAAGAUUUACUUGAAAACUGCCAAGAAUCACCUGGAGAAAGGUUCUGAUUAUGCUAAGAAAGAAAUUCAGCGCCUAGAGCGCAUACUUGAAAAGUCUAUCAGCCCUGCUAAGGCCGAUGAAUUCACUCUAAAGAAAAACAUCUUGUCGACAUAUGAUGCCUGA